AUGCACUUCGAACAAUCAGCUAUUUUGACGGUACACAACCACGUGAUAACCCGCAACCCUCGUGUUAGCGUCACCCACGAUAAACACCGCACAUGGUUCCUCCACAUAUCCGACGUAAGGGAGGAAGACAGAGGUCGAUACAUGUGCCAAAUAAACACAGUUACCGCUAAAACACAAUUUGGAUACCUCCACGUCGUUGUCCCCCCGUCCAUCGACGACUCGUUGAGCUCGAGCGACGUUAUCGUCCGAGAGGGCGCCAAUGUCACUCUGAUGUGUCGCGCUAAUGGCUCUCCUAAGCCCACCAUCAAGUGGAAACGAGAUGACAAUUCAAAAAUCUCCAUCAGUAAAGGACACUCCGUAUCCGAAUGGGAGGGUGAGGUUUUGGAUAUGGCGCGAAUUUCAAGACUAGAUAUGGGUGCCUACUUAUGUAUUGCUAGUAAUGGCGUGCCGCCAACCGUUUCUAAGAGAGUCAAAGUUAGCGUGGAUUUCCCACCUAUGCUAUGGAUACCUCAUCAGUUAGUAGGUGCUCCCUUAUAUUACAACGUUACUUUAGAGUGUUUCACUGAAGCUCAUCCAACUUCGUUAAAUUACUGGACACGGGAUGACGGACACAUGAUUCACGAGAGCCCUAAGUACCAUAUGGAGAAUACUGUAGGAGUCCCGCCCUAUAAGACUCAUAUGAAACUUCUCAUCAGGCAUAUUGUUACUGAAGAUUACGGAACAUAUAAAUGUGUGGCAAAAAAUCCUAGAGGAGAGUCGGAUGGUACAAUACGGUUGUACACAUCUUCCCCACCAACUACGACACCAGAUCCGAGGGCCAUCACUGUUCCACCUCCAUCGCGCCCACCACGACGUGAUACGCCAGUAACUGAUAAGGGAACGAAGUAUCAAUCGAACUUGAACGAGAUCGAUAAGGGGAAGCAAAAGUCUGACGAGGGUGGCGGGAAGACGCAUCUCAACUGGGUGGGCGGUGCAUCACAAAUUUUACAAAAUUUUGCAAGAAAAAUGUACCAUUAUCAACCUACGAAUAUUCCAUCGAAUUUAGCCCUCCAGGCGAUGUGA